CCGCCAGCGAGCGUCGGGUCGAACGCGGGAGGAAUCGAUUCCAACAAACGGGGUCGACGACGCUCGAUGGUUUAUGAGUCGGAUCGCCGGAGUCCAAUGGUGCCCGCUCACGAGUUGGAACAGAGGAAGAAGAGCGAAUGACGAAGAGGUGGUGGCGGUGACGAAGUGGUGGCGGUGACGAGGUGGUGACGGUGACGAGGUGGUGGUGGUGGAGGAGACGCGGCGCCAUGGCCAAGGACCUCCCGCCCGGGAACCCGGAGCUGAUCGCCGCCAUCGUUGAUCACCUCAAGUCUCAGGGACUCUUCGACCAAUUCCGCAGAGACUGCCUAGCGGACUUCGACACCAGGCCAGCUUACCAAAACCUCCGCGAGAGAAUGGAUUCGUUCGUGUCCAAUCACUUGGGGCACCAGAACUGGACUCCGGAUAUCAACAAAAAUCAAAUGAGAAACGGGCUACGGCAGACAAUCCUGCAGUCGGGCAUGCUGGAGUCUGCCGUGAACCGCAUCGUCCAUCAAGUGGUCAAUCCAAAGAUCAGCACGUUCUUUCGGCCGCAGAUCGAAAACGUGGUGCACGAGUAUCUGGGCGUGGACGAGGAGGGAGAGGUUGUGGCAGCAGGAGCAGCAGCAGGAGCAGGAGCAGCAGCAGGAGCAGCAGCAGGAGGAGGAGGAGCGGCUCCCCCUCCUCCGCUCCCUCCUAUGGACACCGACUCCCAGGAUCCGCACGCUCCACCGGCGUUGGAAGCCGAGGCAGCAGCAGCAGCAGCCACUGACGUUGCCACAACGGAGGAGGCUCCAUAUUCGCAGUAGUGCAGGCGAAGCGUCGCAACUUUUAUUUGUGCCUGUCAAGAGCUUGUUUUCAUAACAAGUGUUUGGUUGUUGUCUUUGAGAGACGUCAUUAUGAACUGAGCAUGUUGUCUUUUUUUAGAGAUAGUCUAUAUUUGGUUUUAUUCGGUUGUGGUUUUUUUUCCCUCUGUAAACAUUUACAAAGACACAUUUAAGAACCAAUAUUCUUAAGCAUGUUUGGAUUUUUUUUUACUGUGACGAUGUUUUAUAAUUGUCAUUAUAUUGUAAAAAUGUGUUUGUAGCUCUCAUCAACCAGUCCGCGAAAUGGGCAAAACUAAUUUAAUGAUUUUGAUUUAAAGCUUUCGUGACUGCAGUGAUUCAUAUUUUUGGUUCUUUCAGUAAAGUCACGUUGAAGGGAAAACAAUAAAAUAUAUACUUUAAUGAAAUAUAUAUUUUAUUAUUUUACCGAAAGAACCAAAAGAAUGUUUAAUGCUAAAUUAAUAUUGUAUGUUGCGUCUGAUCAGCUGGCAUAUAGUUAAUGUGUACUUAGUUGAGCUGUUAGGAAUUCAAACCCCAAAUUAUAUUUUUUCAGUGAAAAAGUUCAGUUGCCUCUCCUCUUCGCCCCCAAAUUCUUCCCAGUAAUGAACCGAGUAAAAUGUCAAACUAAAUUCGUAUGUUCUCACGCUGUGUACUUUGAAUCCAUCUCACAACACAAAACCCAAAUAUGUCCUCGAGCCUAAGGGGCUUUCAAACUGGUUUAGAAUAAUGUAUUUAGAAGGCAAAAGAGCCACACAUCUGUCUCCCUUCUGGGUCUCGUAAUCAAUCAGGCUCAUGAAACACUGCCAGAUUAUCGGAUGUUAUUGGCAAGAGUACUGCAUCUUCAAGAUGCAGCCAUGUUUGGCACACCUAAUUAAAAAAAAAAAACUUGUAUUGUUAAGCAUUAUGGGUAAAUAAACAAAUGUAGACUUGCGUCUGUUCACGCUGUUAUUUUACAACAGUCUCUGGUCCAAGGCGAUAUUAUCCAGCAGCAUUUGUUUAAGAAGGUUAAUUUAGCGAGUUUCGAUUGUCUGGGCCUCAUCAGGGUUUCAUUCUAGAUUUUAAGUUUUCGUGACUGCAAGGAUUCAUACUCUUUGGUUUUUUCGGUAAAGUCGCAUAGUUAUUAAUUAAAAUAAAUUAAAUCACGACGUUUCGGGCGGCCGAAACGUCGUGAUUUAAUUUAUUUUAAUAUUUUUUUUACCUACGUGACUACCGAAAAAACCAGAGUACUCAUCAGGGUUUGUAAAUGCUUCUGGAUUGGAAGAUGUCUCGCUGUGUCAAAGCUGGUCCAGUGUUCUGUUCAAUACUGCUGGACAGCAGUCCACGUGGGUGAAACUGCUGUAGCACAAAAAUUAUUUCUUCUAUAAAAAGGCAAUGUUUGGUAAUUUAUAACCUUUAUUUAAACACGGAUGCCGUUGCAAAUGUACAUUUCACGUGUGACUUAAGUACUAUUCUAUACACGAGUCACUGAUGAAACUGAACUCAUAAUUGACAAACACUUCAGCAAAAUAUUCAUUAAUAUGUAAAUGCAACUAUUGACCAUUUUUAAAUGUAUGUAUUUGGAAAAUAUAAAUGCUUAAAACACAAUAAAUAAAGCAUUUUUUAAUCACAAUAAGAACUUU